UGGCAGAGUGCGGAAUUCUUCAUUUUACACAUUUGGCUUUAUGCAAGCAUCGAACUAAGGAUGGCAAAAAUGAGUCUCUCUUCCUACAUAUUAAUGCUGACUUUUUCUUUGUUUUCUCAAGGUAUUUUACUUUCAGCUUCAAAGUCCAUAAGAAAUGUAGAAGAUGACAUGGUAUUUAAUACAUUUAGGAUGGGAAAAGCCUUUCAGAAGGAGGAUACUGCAGAAAGAUCAGUUGCUGCUCCUUCUCUGGAACAAUACAAAAAUGAUGACAGCAGCUUCAUGAACGAUGAGGAAAACAAGAAUUCAAAGAACACAGGCUCCAAACAGAACCUCAUAAAUCAUGGUCUGCCACUGAAUCUGGCUAUCAAACCUUAUCUCGCUCUGAAAGGAUCGGUAGCUUUUCCAGCUGAGAAUGGAGUUCAGAAUACUGAGUCAACACAGGAAAAGAGAGAAAUUGGGGAUGAAGAAAACUCAGCUAAAUUUCCUAUAGGAAGGAGAGAUUUUGACAUGCUCAGGUGUAUGCUGGGAAGAGUCUACCGACCCUGCUGGCAAGUCUGAAACCUGCUGGUCCACAUCAUCCCUUCCGAAGAAAAUAACUCAUUGCAAGUGGAGAGAAAAGCCCUUAAUGUUAAUAUGACUUAUGCAUUAUCCCAAAUGUCUGCUUUUAAAUAGAUAAGAUACGUAAUCAAAUCAUCUAAAUGAUGUGCUUUGAUUUGUGCAUUAAACUUCAUAGAUUCUGCAUAA